AUGCCGCCGAACAAACGAGCGAAACUCUCGCACGACGCUUACAGUACCACUCCCAGGACUAUCCACGAUGACGUUCCCCCAUCCGCUGGCACAACUCUAGCUGGCAUCUACGAGCUGAUGGAAUUGAUUCUCGUCCAGUUGCCGUAUAUCGACAUUCUCUAUUGUUCCCAGGUAUCCGAGACGUGGCGCGCCUUCAUCGAAGGCUCGACCAAGCUGCAAAUACUGCUAUAUAAGACUCCGACGCCCAUCUCAGGGGAGGAACCAAAUCCGCAUUUCGAGACUGCUAGCCUGGCAGCAUCCACGGCAGUCAUUCCACGCACUCACUACCAAGGGUUGCCAGCUCUCCCAGUUCUCCAGACAUCUCAACAAUACUUCGAGAAAUUUCUUGACCGCGUCACAGGACAAGUGCUCUGUGUUCAGUGCGCCGACGAGGCAAUGGAGGAAUACCGCAACGAUGUGUGGUGGGUGCGCUUCUCGUUUCGAGACGUCAGAAUUCCUAAUGGUUGGCCUAUUUCUCUGCAAGAAAUAUACUGCCACAUGUGCGAGGGUUUUCACACCCGUCUCCGGCGCGAGGUUCUGCAUCCAAUGCUUAGCUUCCUUGAAGACGUGGAUACCUGUUGGAGGGGAAGUGGGGGCAAAUUGCUCUUGGAUGUGAACAUUGUGCAUAGAUAUGCAGUGCCGCGGAGCUGCUGGGAUGAUUACAUGGUGAUGGAAAUCCACCAUGUCAAGUCGCUCAAGAAAUCUAUAGAGGUCGCGGAGUGCUUCGGACUACAGCAUGAUCUUUGCUUCAAACCGAUGGUUACCGAUCUCAUUAUCUCCAUUCCACCCAACGAAUGGAUAAUCAGGGACCGUGAGCCCGAAGAUGAAAGGGAGCCUAGGUUGAUUCAUAUCCAGAACGCAGAGGGGGUGAGACUGCAGCAAGUCCUCUCUGCUCUCGUGUUCGCCAACAAGCUGGGCUUGUGGGCUUGGUUGGAGAGUGUGCACACAAUGGAGCCUACACUCGACAACUGGGAUAGUUGGCUCAAUCUUGGCUUGCGACUAGACAUGAGCCAUCGGUUCCCAUACCUAGAGGAUUAUGCUGCGUACGUUGAGGGUUGGCCUGAUCUAGUGCAGCGGUUCCAGGAGGUCAAGAACGAGAUAGACGGGCUGAUGGGUGGGAUCGAGGCUUGGGGCUGGUCUGAAUGGCCGCGGAAGGGAUAA